GGACAUCCAAAUGCACCCUAAGUGAUGUACUGAGCAAAGACACUUUCUUUGUGCAGGUUGGAUUUUCUCAUUCAAACAUCCUUCGUACCAUUAUCCAGCAUGCUUGCUUGCGGUUCCCUUGUCUUGUACCAUGGAGAAAGUCAUGGAGUGCAUUGUCUACAAGACUGCAAUCUGCACAUCGUGCAAACGUCAAAAGAGAAAACAGAGAAGCUCAAAAGGUCUUUGUUAUCUUUGGAGGAGAAACUUCAGAACGUCAAGUAUCUCUCAUGAGCGGGACAAAUGUCUGGCUUAACUUGCAACGUUUUGAUGAUGUUGAUGUACUUCCAUGUCUACUUGCUCCUGCAAAUGGAUAUUCAUCUACCCAGCACCACGACGAAGAUAAUGAUGCAACAAGAAUAGUUUGGUCUUUACCUUAUUCUCUAGUUCUGCGUCAUACAACAGAGGAGGUUUUUGCUGCAUGUGUUGAGGCAAUCGAACCAACUAGAGCUGCACUGACAUCUCAUUUACGCAAGCAUGUGGUGACUGAACUCGCAGAAGCUCUAAAUAAACAUAGUUGGUUCACGGGUUUUGACAUUGUUGAUGAACCUCCUGUGAAAUAUUCACUGAAACAGUGGAUUGAGUAUGCUAAAGAAGCUCAAGCAGUAGCGUUUAUUGCAGUGCAUGGUGGUAUUGGUGAGGAUGGUACCCUUCAAGCUUUAUUGGAGGCUGCAGGAGUUCCUUACACAGGUCCUGGAUCAAUGGCUUCCAAAAUUUGCAUGGACAAAGUGUCAACAUCUCUAGCCCUUAGCCAUCUGACAAGUUCAGGAGUGCUUACCAUACCUAAGGAUGUAAGGAGUAAAGAGGAGCUACUAAAUUCAUCUCCUCUUGAUAUUUGGCAUGACUUGACGACAAAGCUCAAAUCUGAAACAUUAUGUGUGAAACCAGCUCGUGAUGGAUGCUCGACUGGAGUUGCUAGACUAUGCACUGUGAAGGAUUUGGAAGUAUACAUAAAUGCAUUGCGGAACUUUCUUCCACGAAUUCCAGCUAAUAGUUUGUCAAAGGCACACGGGGUGAUUGAGAUGCCAAAUCCUCCUCCACAAUCAUUAGUCUUUGAGCCUUUCAUUGAGACGGAUGAAAUAAUUGUUUCAUCCAAAUCAGCAAAUGAUGGUGCUCGUAGUCUAAUAUGGGAAGGACACAAUGAAUGGGUUGAAAUAACAGUUGGUGUCAUAGGUAAACGUGGAGAAAUGCGCUCACUGAGUCCUAGCAUUACUGUUAAAGAAACUGGUGACAUCUUAUCGCUUGAGGAGAAAUUCCAAGGUGGAACUGGCAUCAACUUGACACCACCUCCAGCAACAAUUAUUAGUAAUGAUGCCUUGCAAAGAUGCAAACAGCGGAUGGAGGAAAUAGCAAAUUAUUUGGGGUUGGAAGGUUUUUCACGAAUUGAUGCAUUUGUGAAUGCAUACAGUGGGGAGGUACUGGUGAUAGAGGUUAACACAGUACCUGGGAUGACUCCAUCCACUGUCUUGAUUCAUCAGGCACUCGUGGAACAACCACCAAUCUAUCCCCAACAAUUUUUCAGGAUGGUUCUUGACUUGGCCUUUCAAAGAUCUGAAUAGAUUUUUAACAUCUGUGCAUCACUUUCUAAGAAUAAUUAAAAUGUAUGUGAAAAGUGGCAAUCCGUGUCCUUGCUAAAACAAAUUUAAGGGAUUAUUUGAUGAAAAUUUUUCAAGUGCCAAAGUCUUUUGUGGAGUCCCAUUCGGUGCUUGGGUUGCAUCUAAAUUGCAAGGGGUUGCAGUUGAAGGAGUAGAUAAAUACUUGGAGCGGUGAGCCACUAAUGUGGUGCUAGAAAGACUGCCGUUGUGAUCUCCUCUAUAAUAUGCGGGCCAGCUGAUGGCUUAUUUUAUAA